UAGAAAAAAAAAAAAAAAAAGUUUCCACGUCAUUUGAUUUGUUGUCGGCUUCUUUCUGUGAAGGUCACUUAAAUCUUCCAAUCUUCUUCCUUCUUUUUUUUAAAAAAUAAAAUAAAAAAGCAACCCCACAAAAAAACACGAAUUCGGAAACAAACCCAAAAAAAUAAAAGUGACGUAUAACAUUAAUUAGCUUCGUUAAUUGUUAAGUAUAAUUUCCUGCUACAAUUUAUUUAAUUAAUUCCCAAUUUGGCAAAUGAAAUUUCCCAAUAAUUUUAGAAAUACUUGUACAUCGUUUGUUAUUAUAAUUGUGUUGUUGGAUUUGAGUCAUUUUACAAGUUCAGUGGAAAUUGAUUCUUUAAUUGAGCUCCCACAAUCUGGGUUUACAAGAAACAGGACACCCAGAAAAGAAGGGUUUGUUCUUCAUGUUACUGCAUAUGGUGCUGUUGGUGAUGGACUUCAUGAUGAUACUGAGGCCUUCAGAAAAGCAUGGAAAGUGGCAUGUUAUUCAUCUCAGCGAUCAACAGUAAUAAUUCCAGAGGGAUUUACUUAUUUGGUGCAGCCAAUGAAUUUUGCUAAGUGUCGAGCUGAGGUGACUCUAAGGAUACUUGGAGCAAUUAUUGCUCCUAAAGAUCCUGAAGUAUGGCUUGGUUUGAACCCUCGAAAAUGGCUUUAUUUUCAUGGUAUAAAGAAACUAACUCUAGAGGGUGGAGGGACUAUAAAUGGUAUGGGUGAGAUAUGGUGGGCUAGAUCCUGCAAGACCAAUAAGACAAUGCCUUGCCAUCAUGCUCCCACUGCUGUUAUUUUUCACAGGUGCAAGAAAUUAAAAAUUCGAAAUAUCAGUAUUGUUGACAGUCAACAAACGCAUCUGACCUUUACCAAUUGUCGUAGCGUUGUGGUUUCCAACGUCACACUAACAGCACCUGCUGAAAGCCCCAAUACUGAUGGAAUCCACAUUAGUGCCUCUUCUGAUGUGAAAGUCAUUGAUAGUAAUAUUAUAACGGGUGAUGAUUGUAUCUCUAUUGUGAGCAAUUCCUCAAAAGUUGUAAUCACAGGUCUUUUUUGUGGCCCAGGCCAUGGCAUAAGUAUUGGAAGCUUAGGAAAACAGCAUGAAUGGGCAGAGGUGGAUGAUGUUAUGGUUGAUGGGGCAUACCUAUCGAAUACUCAGAAUGGUGUAAGAAUUAAAACCUGGCAGGGAGGUGCUGGGUAUGUGACAAGGGUUACUUUCCGAAACGUGAGGAUGGAAAAUGUCGCUAAUCCGAUUAUAAUUGAUCAAUAUUAUUGUGAUUCUCCAAAGCCAUGUAAAAAUCAGACAUCAGCAGUACAUGUUGGUAAAAUAUCAUUUGUGGGCAUCAAAGGGACUUCAGCGUCAGAGGAAGCGAUAAGAUUUGCUUGCAGUGAUAGCAGUCCUUGCCAAGGGUUAUAUUUGAAGGACAUCCAGCUCAUAAGUUACACAGGAAUCACAACAGCAUUUUGCUGGCAAGCCCAAGGUUCGAGUUCUGGGUUUGUGUAUCCUUCCCCUUGCUUUCCAACCAGCAAAAGCAUGAUCAAGCAAAAACCAACUUUCAACGCCCUUCAUUAUUCAAGUUGAACAUGGAAAAUCAUCUUCUGUCAAAUAAUGAGAUUUGAUGAUAUGACACGGGGUGGCUACUUUUGCAAUGUCAUGAAUCAUGAGCUCUACUUAUCAUCGUAGACUGCUUAUCAUCGUCGCUUUUAAAAGUUUGUGGAUUGGUUUGUACUUAUCUUGUGUAAAAUAUAUGUAACCUGAACAUAGUAGCAGUCUACUCUGAAUAUAUGUACUGCAUGAAACAGAACAUUGAGAUGCAUUUUUGAAGGCUAUAUAUGGCUGCAAUUUGCAA